AUGUCCACAUUCAGAGUCGUGAUUGUUGGAGGAAGUAUCGCUGGUUUAACGCUUGCAAAUAUUCUCGAGCGAUACAAGAUUGACUACAUCGUUCUUGAGAAACAUGCUACAAUAGCACCUCAGCUCGGCGCGAGCAUUGCGACGCUUCCCCACGGCGCGAGAAUCCUGGACCAACUUGGUGUUUUCUCCCGAGUAGCAGAGAUCUCCAUGUCCGUUCAUGAAGCCGAGAACAUAGGCCCUGAUGGGAGAAUAUUGGGUUCACCGGAGCCAAUCGGUGAUCUAAUGGAAGAAUUACUCGGUUAUCACAUGCACUUCUUGGAUCGCCAGCAAUUACUUCAAGUUCUUUUCGACAAUAUCCAGGAUAAAUCCAAGAUACAUACGAACAGCGAAUGUGUCAAAAUCGAAGCGCUGGAAGAUGGUGUACGAGUUGCCCUCAAAGAUGGUUCCAUCAUACGUGGAGACAUACUGGUAGGCGCCGAUGGAGUGCAUAGCCGGAUGAGAAACGAGAUCUGGAGAAUCGCCAGUUCUGAGACAGCAGAUUACCCUGUCUCGGAGUUAAGUCGAUCCAUAAAAUGUCAAUACCGAUGCAUGUUUGGCAUAUCAAAGCGCCCAGAGCGUAUUCGGGACAAUACAUCUUUCAAAUCCUUUCACAAGGGUCGCUCGUAUCUGUCUUCCAGUGGCCAAGAUGGGAAGUUUUAUUGGUUUGUCUUUGUCAAAAAUCCGGACAUCACAAUUCAUACCACCAUCCCUCGCUACACGGCUGAGGAUGCGGAAAAUCUGGCAGCUGAAAUUGCAGACGAUCCUUUUUGCCUUGAUUUAACUUUCAAAGACAUAUACGCCAAUCGAAUGAGCUGCGUCCUCGUACCACUGGAGGAAUUUGUGUUGAAAAGAUGCUUCUAUAAGCGAGCUAUACUGAUCGGGGACUCAUUCCACAAGAUGAAUCCCCUCUUGGGCCAAGGAGGCAACUCGGCAAUCGAAUCAGCAGGCCUUAUGGCCGAUCUUUUGAAGGGCGUGCUCGACGUAAGUCCGCAACUAGACAAUGCCGAUUUCCAGCGAAUAUUUCAGAAUUUUCAAGAUGAAAGAUGCCGUAGAACUACUGGCCUCAUGGAAACAACCAAAAAGGUCCAACAGAUGGAGAUACUCGACACCCCGAUCCUAGAAUUUCUACAACUCAAAGUCUUCAGCCAGCUUGGCCAAGAGCAUCUUGGUCCUCUGUUAGCAGCUACAUCAAAUUCGGCUCACACGUUGAAAUACUUGCCGAAAGAUUACAGGCGCGGGUUGGUACCGCUAGAUGACGAAAUCAAGAUGAAUCCUCAUGACCGAUCAAUUAUUGCCACUGCUCUAUGGAUGGGCUUGAUGCUAUCAAUCGCGUUACUUGGCCCACUGCUUUCUCGAUAUUAUGCCCUUGCGCCGAGUCUAGAUCCCACUGUGUCUGCAGUCUCGCAGGGGUAUCUCUUCGUCACUGCAAUUUCAAUUAGCGGACUCUGGACAGUCGAGUCGUAUCGCCCAGGUUUUCUCUUGUCGCCUUCGUUUAGCGCAAUCCCAUUCAUCAUUGCUUCUGCUGCAUUUGGCUGGCAAAUAGUCUUACCGAUUUACUUCGCCCUCCACAUUUAUCUCAGCGAAGGUCGAUCGUUCUAUCACCCUUCUCCACGAGCUAUCAAUCCAUGGGCUGCAAAGGCGCUCCCAAUGGCUUUAUUGGUUACUUGCACCCCCAGCGUACUCCAAUUCUUGCUUUCUUCGAAGAGCGCUCAAGAACUUUUUAUGUUUUCUGGAUGGAAUCGAUAUUUACUCCAUAUAGCUCUGCCAAUAACGCUUCACGUUGGGAAGCUUUUCUACCAAAAAGGUAGCACGAAGCUGACCAUCGGCCAAUUGUUAUACUCUACGAGAGAUAUGAAAUAUCUCACUCGGUUCUUUGGCAUGAUUCUGGUUCUUGCGACCACUGCCCACCUGGUUCUUUUCAGCAGACUAAUACACCAUUCCAAGUCCGCUCCCUUCAAGGUAAUGACAGCACCGUCCUCAGAGCUGGUGCAACUCGCCUCGCUGAUUAUUUCUGUUCUUGCGUGGUGCUGUUUCAUGAUUUGGGAUAUGCGUCGAGUGAACUUGACAACGAGAUCUCCGUUUGCGAUGUUCUUCUAUGGCUCCAUUGGUUGUAUCUUCAUUGGCCCAGCUGCUGUGUUGGCUGGUUUAUGGCAGUGGCGGGAGCGCGAGUUGGAAAAUGGCAGGAAGAGAGUCUCGGAGAAGGAGCGCAUCUGA